UUAUAAUUGUCCACUCCACAAAUGCGAGUCGGCGAUUCCGUUUCCCAAAUUUGACUUAACUACAAACAAAAACCCUAAUUGAAGCCACGAUCACAUCUCCUUAAACAAUUCAAUCGACAAUUCUGUCUGUCGCGGAGGUUUUGUUGAUGAUCUUGUGGGGCAAAUCGAAUUGUCGUUCUCUGAGGCGAUUUGUUUAUCUGGAGUAUGCUCGUGUAAUGUGUGAUUACAGGUAGAUUGGAAGUUAAGGUUCGGGUGAAGUGAACAGCGCGACAGGGAUGGGCGCGACGGGUUCGAAGCUGGAGAGAGCAUUGGGAGAUCAAUUUCCUGAAGGCGAGAGAUAUUUUGGACUCGAGAAUUUUGGCAACACUUGUUACUGCAACAGCGUCCUUCAGGCUCUGUAUUUCUGUGUCCCAUUUCGUGAACAGUUGCUUGAUUAUUAUUCAAACAAUAAAUAUCCUGCUGAUGCCGAAGAAAACCUCUUGACAUGCCUGGCUGACUUAUUCUUGCAGAUUACCUCACAGAAGAAAAAAACUGGUGCUAUUGCUCCAAAGCGCUUUGUACAAAGGUUGAAGAAGCAAAAUGAGAUUUUUCGCAGCUUUAUGCACCAGGAUGCACAUGAGUUCUUGAACUAUUUGUUAAAUGAGCUAGUUGAUAUACUAGAGAAAGAGGCCAAAGAUGCUAAGAGUGAUCAAGAAAAUUCCCCCUCAUCUGGGAAAAUUGCUAAUGGAAUAAAGGAUAAUAAUACAUUUUCUAAUGGUCCUCAAAAGGAGCCUCUGAUCACUUGGGUGCACGAGAAUUUUCAGGGUAUACUGACAAAUGAAACUAGGUGCCUGUGUUGUGAGACGGUGACGGCAAGGGACGAAACAUUUUUUGACUUGAGCAUUGAUAUAGAGCAGAAUAGUUCAAUCACAAGCUGUCUCAAAAAUUUCAGCUCCACAGAAACUUUAAAUGCUGAGGACAAAUUCUUUUGCGAUAAAUGCUGCAGUCUGCAAGAAGCCCAAAAGAGAAUGAAGAUAAAGAAACCUCCCCACAUACUGGUUAUCCAUUUAAAGAGGUUUAAAUACAUCGAACAGCUGGGCCGUUACAAGAAACUAUCAUACCGUGUUGUGUUCCCCCUGGAGCUAAAGCUCAGCAACACCGUCGAGGAUGCAGAUGCCGAGUACUCUUUGUUUGCUGUGGUUGUCCAUGUUGGCAGUGGACCCAACCACGGGCACUAUGUCAGCCUCGUUAAAAGCCACAAUCAUUGGCUAUUCUUUGAUGAUGAGAAUGUAGAGAUGAUUGAUGAAUCAGCGGUUCAGACUUUCUUCGGAUCAGCACAGGAAUAUUCGAGCAACAAUGAUCAUGGAUACAUCUUGUUCUACGAACGGAACGGCUCUCUGACGGUGGCCUGAAGAAAAGCUGAUGGAGUCGAGGUGCGCUAUGCUGCUAUAUAUAUUUUCUUAUUGCAUAGACGGUAUUUUUUAAAUUUUGGCCGCGACAUAAUUUCAGUUGAAUUGAAUUAAAUGUGGAUCCUGUUUUGAACUUUGGUUCUCUUUUAUCCUUUUUGGUAAAUAAAAAUUGUAUAUUAUGUAUUGGUAUUCUACACGCACGCCCUAGGUGAGACUAAUAAAUGGUUUUGCUUCCUCAUUUCUUUGAA